AUGGACGUGACUGAAGACUUCAGCCCGUACCGAGCAGAUGGCAAGCUGCAUGGGUUUGUCUGCGUGGUGACAGGAGCUUCACAGCCAGUCGGUCAGGCUAUCAUUCAGGAGCUGGCAGCUCACGGAGCGGCUUCGAUAUAUGCCUGUGACAAGACCGCCAGCAGGGAUGCUUACAAGGCGCUUGUUGACAAAGUCGCGGAAGACUGCCCCAACAGCAAGGUCAUACCGUAUCCCUUCAACAUCGCGAAAGAGGACGAGACAUUGGUCUUGAUAGACGAAGUUCUCAACGCAUUCGGCCGCUUGGACGUCUGGGUUUGCUCAUCCGGUCUCUUGGGCCCAUCAUCAAUCGAAGCGACUACGCCGGACGACCUACUCAAGUGUUUCGAGGCCCAUUCGAUGGCGCCUUUCUUCGCUCUGAAGUACGCUCCAGCUGCGAUGGCUAAGCUGACGGAAAGGCCGUCUUACCCAAACGCCGCACCCAAGACUCAGAAAUACGGUAGCAUUAUCGUUAUCAGCAGUGUCGCUUCGGUGCAUGGUGGUUGUUGGGGGCCUUGCUACACCAUGACUUCUCAUGCUGCUUUAGGUGUUGUGAAGGCCGGUGUCGCCACACUGAAGGGCACCGGCGUGCGAAUCAACUGCGUGUCUCCGGGGCAAAUAGAUGCGGGCGUUGACCUCCAAGGCUUCGACAUGCGAGGAAUGACCUCGCAAUUCCCCCCUGCGAGCUUGCAGAAGCCAGAGGUUCAGAAGACGACGAUAGGGUUGGAAAGAGCUGGCAAGGCGCAGGAGGUGGCUCGAGUAGCAGGCUUCCUGGCCAGCGGGUUCUCCUCCUACGUCACAGGCGCAAACCUCAUCGUCGACGGAGGUGCAUCCGUCAUGAACCCAUUGACUAUUCCCAUCUGA